CAACACGAUUCUGACGUCAUCCGUCCCGGUGCGACCCUGCCGCUGUGUCUUUGAUUGGAGGGAAACCCCGUGGAUGAGCGGGAGAGAUCAUCAGCUGUGCGGCCGGGAAUCAGGAACAACAUCGUCUAACGACACUCACAGCCCACGACAGGAGCCAUGGCAGACAAGGAGGAGCAGGUACAGAAAGCCAAACUGGCUGAGCAGGCUGAGCGCUAUGAUGACAUGGCUGCAGCCAUGAAGGGUGUUACAGAGGAGGGCUCGGAGCUCAGCAACGAGGAGCGCAACCUGCUCUCUGUUGCGUACAAGAAUGUGGUGGGGGCAAGGAGGUCCUCUUGGCGGGUGGUGUCCAGCAUGGAGCAGAAGUCUGAUGACAGUGGGAAGACCGCAUUGGCCAAGGAGUACAGAGAGAAGAUCGAGAAGGAGCUGAACGACAUCUGCAAGGAAGUCCUGGACCUGCUUGACAAACAUCUGAUCCCCAAUGCUACACCUGCUGACAGCAAAGUCUUCUACCUGAAGAUGAAGGGAGACUACUACCGCUACCUGGCUGAGGUGGCCAUUGGAGAGGACAAGGAGGCCAUCAUCAAUAACUCGCAAGAAGCCUACCAGAAGGCCUUGGACAUCAGCUACAAAGAAAUGCAGCCUACACAUCCCAUCCGCCUAGGCCUCGCUCUUAACUUCUCCGUCUUCUACUACGAGAUCGUCAACUCACCUGACAAGGCCUGCCAACUGGCUAAAACGGCCUUUGAUGAGGCCAUUGCCAUGCUGGACUCCCUCAACAGUGACUCCUACAAAGACAGCACCUUGAUCAUGCAGCUGCUCCGUGACAAUCUGACACUGUGGAUGUCAGACGCCCAGGGUGAGGGAGAGGGUGAGGGAGAAGAGACGGAGCAGGCAGCUGAGAAGAACUGAACUUCAGAGAAAUAAAAAAAAAAAACAAAAACAAAAAACAAAAACACACAUUUUUUACCUCUCACCAGCCUAAGUUGUGUGUGUGGUUGUGUGUGCACAUACAUGCACAGAUAUGUAUGUUUACACUCCACUCACAAUGUGUAAAGUACAGUAUGUGUGUGCAGAUACAUUAGUGUGUGUGUGUGUGUGUGUGUGUGUGUGUGUGUGUGUGUGUGUGUGUGUGUGUGUGUGUGUGUGUGUGUGUGUGUGUGUGUGUGUGUGUUAUUGGAAUGAGCACCUCCACAGAGAAAAGAAUGGAAUAGACCUGUUAUGUUUGUUUGUUUGUAUUUUUUGGACAUUACUCAUUAUGUGAAGCAGUGGAUGUUAAUUUUUUGGGGUUUUUUUGUCCGUGGUUUUGUCCAGAUGGAAUCCCUCCUUUAGAUCUAAAUCAGCCCCAUUUUCUUUAACCUUAUUCUCUGUAGCAAGCUGUUGCAGGAAAACACAAACAAAAAAACCUCUAACUGUAAUUUUGAUAAAUUGUAUGUUUUUACUUGAACUGAACAUUUUCAAUCUUUGUGACACUUGGGUCUACAAAAUGAAACGUGCCAACUGUAAAAGUGGUCACAGCGAUCUGAAUUCACUAAACUUUAGAUCUCAUCUGAUACUAGCAGUGAUUGUAUAGAUGGCAGGAUAUAUCUUGGUAACAAUCUAUUACCAUAUUGCUUGUAUUCAUCCCGCCCUGUCGGUGUCCAGUGUAGCAGGUAGUGAUUUUAUGGAUGGUACAUGUGUCAUGGCUCAGUGGGUUCUAUGUACAUUCGGGUGUAGGAAAGGUUUUCUGUAUGAAUGGCCACUUGCGAAAACUAGUUAAACCUUGGUUGAUAGUUUUGUUGAGAGGAUUACAUUCCAUUUUACUGAUAUCUUUUCACUCUCAGUGAAAGUGUGUAGACUAUAAUUUACCGCAUUUUUCCAUACCACAUGACAAGGUAGAGACAGCCUAAGAUAAAGUGAACAACUUGAUAAAAUGGCUCGAUACUGUAACUUUUGAUAUUUUAUCUUUUCAGCAGUGCAGAAGAUACUUUUGCCAUGUGCUUUUAUGUGGCUUUCUACUCUUUUCUAUUCAGGUGUUUUUGUAUUUUCUUUUUGUGUAUUUUAUUCCCUUUUGACUCUUGAUUUGACUCCUGGAAUGUAUGUGGUUCUCAGUAGUAUGGUGUGAGGGUUAGGCGUGCUUUGAAACUGGCAGUUUUUGCUUAGGAUUUAGCUUGAACCAGGUGGUUUACAGUAACAUAUACCUUCCUUGAAAGUACAUUGUGAAAAGACAAACUAAAACGAUUCUAAAUAUAAAAUGAUUAUAAAAUGUAACUUGGUAGAAAGCUGCAUUAUGGCCAUUCAGUAGUCACAAAGUAGUGCCAGUUUCUUCUAAUUACAGUAUCUUGGUUUUAAAAAGAUGGGAUGCAGGAAUCAGAAUUUGCAAGUUACACUCUGAGUACGUUAUUUGGUUAUGUGCUUUCAUGUAAGUGGAAUUAAAACAUUAAAAUCAAA